UUCACCGUCUUAGCUGUCAGUGUAGUGUAAGAACUAGGCCGAACAAAAAAUUCUCUGAAAUUGGAAUUAUUGGACUUAUUCCUUUGCCAUUAGCAAUUAACGACUAGAUCCUUAAGAUGGCAUGCAACGCAAAUAAAGCGCCCUUCCUCCGUUCUAUUGCAAAACGCGGUUUGGCCACAAACCAGUGUCCUCGUCCAUUAGGCCAUCCGGCUGAAGUUAAAACAACUGUGUUGAAUAACAAAUUGGUGGUUGCCACUGCUGAAGCUUCCCUGCCAAUCACCCGUAUAUCCAUAGUUUUCCGUGCUGGGUCGCGCAAUGAAAGCUAUGAAAACCAGGGCGCUGCACAUUUGUUGCGUACUGCCACUAAUUUAUCUACCAAAAACUCUACUGCUUUUGCUAUAAAUCGCCAUAUCCAACAAGUUGGUGGUAGCUUAAGUGCAACAUCCGAUCGGGAGUUAGUUGCAUACACCGUUGAAACCACUUCGGACCAAAUAGACACCGGAUUGCGAUACUUGCAGGAUCUUGUUCAGCCUGCAUUUAAGCCUUGGGAGCUUGCUGACAGUGUUCCAGUUAUAAAAAAUCAAUUGGCAUCUGUAACACCACAAGUGCGCGCUGUAGAGUUAUUGCAUAAGGCCGCUUUCCGUUCGGGUCUAGGUAACUCGAUCUACAUACCGAAAUUCCAAAUUGGAAAAUUGUCAAGUGAAUCACUGCUGCAUUACGUUGCUAACAACUUUACUCCCAGCCGUUGCGCAGUUGUUGGAGUUGGUAUCGACCACAACACACUGUCAGGUUUUGCUCAGAAUCUGGAGUUGUCCUCAGAAUCGGGAAAAUCUGACUCUGCCGCAUAUUAUGGUGGAGAUGCUCGCAAGGAUACAGCAGGAGUUAUUUCUCAUGUCGCUGUUGCUGGCCAAGGUGGUUCACUAAUAAACCAAAAGGAGGCUUUAGCAUUUGCUGUUUUAAAGGAAGCUGUAGGUGCUCCAGCUGCCACUAAACGAGGCAAUGCUAGUGGUUCUUUCGGCAAAGCUUUGCAAGGCGCUGUAACUGACGCAGCCGUUUCGUUUUCUGCACUCAAUGCAUCUUACGCUGAUGCUGGACUCUUCGGAUUUUUGGUGUCUACCGAUGUUCAGCACAUUGGCAAGGCGGUAGAUGCUUUGACACGUGCUUUGAAAUCGGGAUCUGUAUCAGCUAAUGAUAUUAAUCGUGGAAAAGCUCUGCUAAAAUCUGCUUUGUUGGAAAGCUAUUCUACAGACAGCUCUUUACUCCACGAAAUUGGUGUACAGGGUGUCCAUACUAAACAGGUGCAGAACAUUGAUGCCCUGUUAGCGGCUGUCGAUAGCGUCACUCAGCAAGAAGUGCAGGAGGCUGCAAAGAAAGUGGGUUCAUCGAAGCUGUCUGUUGGAGCCGUAGGCAAUCUAGCCAACGUACCAUACGCGUCAGAUCUAGCUUAAUUAUGUAAUAAUAUGAAAUACUGAUAAAUUGUAAAAAACAAACUGUCGAAAAAGUGAGAAUAUGCGUUUUGCCCUUAGUAACCAAAUACUUGAAGGGUGAAUAAAUUAGUCAUUAUCGUGUGCACUAAUUUA